AUUUAAUAUCAAAAUGUAAAAUGUAUGUAAUAUUAUUAUAAUUGCGUUAAAAUAAAUAUGUAAGGUAGAGUAUAGUUUUGAUCAAUGAGAAUGCUUUUUAUUUGCUAUAUGUAAGGCUGUUUGGAAAUGUGUGCUAUGUUUUCUUUUUGCAAAUACAGUAAAUACUAUGUACUAUUUACACUACAUGUUAAUCUUAAUGCAUACAGUUUUUUGGAAAUAGAUUACAAAUAGCUGAUUAACAAAUAGCAUGUUAUGUGCAGUGCAUGGCUGUGUAGACUAAUGUAUCACACAGCAUGGUUUUUAAGCACUUUAUCAAUAAUUUAAAUCUAUUUAGUCUAAUUUAAACAUCAUAUGGGCACAAGAAAAGUUUUUGAAGAGUGUUAGUGAAAAAAGUGUUUGGUACCCAGAGAGAAUUUCACAAAAGCUUUAUGAAAAUCUAAAAAGAGCUGUUAAUCUACUAUGAAAUUUAAAUAUACUUAGUUGACUAAUUUUAAUAUUUUGAAAUAACAAAAUAAAUAUAACUAUUGUAGUAUUUUAGAGCAUGAGAGGUGACGGGUGGUUUUGGAGGAGGUGGCACGUGAUACAAAGGCACAAGAAACAAGAGCACACUGAAGAGAAAGUUUUUGGAUACUGAAUCGUAGCAAAAAUACCUUGAAGACUGUCUGAGUGAACACUUGACCACAUUAACUGCACUUUGCACCUCUGAUGCUAGAUGACUCUAAUGGAUCUGUUUUAUUGUUCCGGUCAAGGGCCUGAUGACUCGGAGCUCGAGUACUUCCCCAUCUCCCCUCAUCUGACGAGAAUAAGAAUCCACAAGACCAAGCAAGUGAUUAAACCGGUGACGGAGAUCAUUUGUUACCCCAUAACCUCUAUCAAGGUGGAUAAUCCUCCUCCUGUUUUCUCGUCUUACAAAAGAACUGCUAAAACCAGUUCUGAAUUAGGUCCUCCAACCACAGUGUCUACCCCAAGACCGCCUUCACCUCCCAAGCGAAGGUCAUCCCAUAACAGUUCAACACUUAGGCUUUAUUCUAAAAUGUCAGUUUCACCUUCACCGAAGAAAUCUCGCCUAGGCAGAUCAUUGUCUGGUGGAGUGGAAGUGGACUCGAACGUGCAGUACUUAAAAGAUAGGAUCACUUCGAAAUUAGGAGUAGGUAUUGAGAAAUCUGCUGAUAAAGGAAAAAAUAAGGAUACAGUUACUUCUAGUACAACUGUCGGUAAGACCAAUCGAUAUGUUUUACGAACAGGUUCUCUCAGCCCCUCACUGCACACUACUGUUACAACUCCAUUGGGAGUAACUAAGGUGACGAAAAAAACUUCACUGGACAGAAAAACAGCAAGCAGUUUAAGAUCUCGCAGAGAUCAAGCUAUUCCUAGUCGUUUAGCAAAAUCCACUGAACUUCGUGCACCAGCAGAAGUAAAGAAAGUAUUGAGACAACGUGAAGUAAAAGAACGAUCCUCCAGCUCGAAAUCUCUUCCACCAGGAACUGUUGUUAAAAGUUCUACUACACUGUACAGUUCAUCAAGAGGCUCAAAAAAACCUAAAGAAGAUAAACAACUGAAGGUAACAGUGGCUAUAUCAGCUAAAGGCAGAGAACUUUUGAGAUCUUCCUCGGUUUCUUCCUCUCCUAUUUUGAAAGAGCCCUCUGUGAUACCUAAAAGAGCAGAAACUUCUGCAACUACUGCUGACACUAUACCUACAACCUCCCAAUCCUCUCCACCUUCAGUUCCUCAAGAUCCUGUUAGUCCACGCCCUUCAUCACGUUCUGAUAGUGACAAAAGGCCCAGUUCUCGCAGCACUAGUCGGGACUCUCCAGUUGAAAGAAACAUUAGUCCAUCUGUAACUAAAUUAAGUACAACUCCCACUGUUGCUAUCUCACCUGUUCCUUCAAGCUCAAAUGAUCUCAUAAAAAAAGCCAAAAAACCAGAAGUUUCUUCUGAAGUACCAAAGAAGAAGAAAGAAAAGAAUGGUUUGUCAUCUUCAAAAUUAGUGUCAGUUGGUAAAACUGUGUCUACAAAAAAGAACAGCAAAGAAACUGACAUUGAAUCAAAUGGAAAGAAAAAAUCUAAAAAAACUAAAGAUGGUGACAGUCCUAUUAGCUCUAAGAAAAUUGCCAAGAAGAAUGGGUUGAAAAAAAGUCGUGAUAAAAAUGAACAAAAGAAAUCAAGUGACAAGAGUGAAGAAGUUGUUAGAGGUUCUGUAAGAGAGAAAAAUGACCAUCUUGCUAUUGUUCCUUUUGACAAAGUUUCUUCAACCGAAUUCCCUGACAUUGAUUCCAACUCAAUACCAACAAAAGCUUUUUUCCAAAAUCUUCUUCUAAGGAAUGUACCAUCUCCUACCUCAUCAAAUGUUAGCACCUUACAAAGAACAUCAUCAGUUUUAGAACGUGCCAAAAUUUUCCACAAGAGUGAUGGACACUCAAGUUUGCCAUAUAGGUCAGAACCAUCAUUACGACUGCUUAAUGUGUACUUAAACAAUAAGAAGCCUGUAACUGAAUCAAAAUUUCGCAGCCUUGAUAGAGAGAUUACCAGCAAUAGAUCUUCUCGGUCUCAGAGUCCAAUAUAUACUAGAAGCAGACAUUAUGAAUUUUUGGAAAAGAUAGAUAAGUUUGAUAGAUUAAAUAAUAUUUGGGAUAAAUCAAAUGGAUACUAUUCACCUACAGACUCUAGAAGCAGAAGUCCUGAAGUGUUCAAGGAACGUAGUUCAAGUGAACCUCCAAGAGCUUCCCCUAUAGAUGAUGUAGAAACAUUUGGAAAUAUAAGUAAUGCACAUUGGGAUUAUGAUAACAUGUCACCAAAUCAUAGCAGAUCUCCCUCUUGUCGUAGAAUAAGAAGUGCUAGGACUGCAGUAAAAACUAUUGAGAGCAUUGGAGGUUUGAGGCAGAAGGGUAUUCGAGCUAAAAGUUUAAGCGAAGCAGAUGGGAAAAGGUCCUAUCCAUCUCUUCAGGCUCAGAGCUCAAGUUCCUUAAAUUUAUCACAUCUAACUGACCACAGUGACUAUCAAACUUAUGUAAUGGAACUACUACAUUCUACUAAAAAAUCAGACAGAUUUAAAGAACUACACAAAUUCUAUGCAAGCUUAGAGAGAAUGGGAGAGUUAGAAAGAACAACAUCAAACACUGACCUUCGUCCAAGAAAAAAAGGAGAGGAAGUCAUAGAUUAUGAUAGAUGGAAACAGCUUAGAACAAAAGAACGAGCUGAAGAAGAGCUUAAAACAUUAUAUGAGAAAUUAAAAGAAGAUCAGAAAGAAAAAGAUUUAUUGUUUCAGCCUCGAGAUACUGAAGCAAUUAAGUGGAAAGGAGACAGAGGAUUGAGAAGCAAGGAAAAAUCUGUUGAAGACUUGCGUCAAAGAUUUCAAAGAAUGGCAUAUGAAGAUUCAGACAUUGAGCUUAGUAAAAGAAGAGAAAUUGAUGCAACCAAAGAUGUUUAUAAACCUUUAUGGCGUGGUUCAUCAGUUGUAAAUCUUGCAAGUUCAAUAACUAGCCGGAAGAAAAGGGGAAAGAGUGUAUCUGAAGUUGAUCAGACUGCAGCAGGUAUUCCUCGUCCCAUGGGAAGUAGAGUAAGUAGAUCUAUUGGUAGCAGAUUAUGGAGUAGUUUAUCCAUGGAACAAGUCAAUGCUUUAAAAAACCAGUUAAGUGAAAUAUACACUACAGUGUCCAGUUUGAAAAGGGACAGAAUAAAUAGAAUGCUCCAAGGAAAGUCAUAUGCUAAAGAGUAUGAAAUCACUGUUCCUUCAAAGGAAAGUAGAAAAGAAGAACCACCUGAAGCACUUCAUGUUAGAUGUAAUUCUUUAUUAACAAAGGAUCAAUUAUACUCUCCCUUAAAUCGGCGAAAGGAAUCUCAAAGAAAUGAAUGUAAAAAGGCUGACUCAAUCAGCUCAAUUCCUAACUGGGGUGGAAGCAGAGACUCUUGUUCUGGAGUUGGGGAUAGCUCACAUUCCCAUUCUCCUAUUCCAAAACCACUUUCAGAAAGUGAGAAAAAAAAGUUAUCAAUGUCUUUGAGCCAAGAAGUUAAAAACAGAGUUUCAAAACAAUAUGGUGAUGAUAAGAAGAAGAAACGUCGUGUUUCAUCAUCAAUAGUGAUUCCAAGAGAAACAUUAGGUGCAGUAGCUGCUAUCAAAGGCAAUAAAAAAGUUGGACGGAUUAAAAGCCCUUCACCAUCAGACUCAUCUCCAAGAACAUGUUACUCAAUAGAAAUGUCGGAAGAUGGUUCUAUCAGUAGACAGAUUAAUACAUCAUCUCGUAAUCAAGAUAAGGGUGAUUUCCUCUUAGUACUAACUCCAAAAGACGAUGAUACACAGGAAGUAAAAAAAGUAGUUGAUGAAUGGGCUGAAAGUAAAUCACAACAGAGGUCAUCAAAAGAUGACAGAGUUGUUGCAAGAUUAGUUCAAACAACUUCAACUAGUGAAACAGACAGUGGGAGUUCUGAAGCAAGUACAGUCAUACACUUGGGAAGCCGAGAAGAUGUCCAAAAGAAAGUAGAUUAUUUUGAGGCAAAGAAAGAAAAAGAUGAAACAAACGAGUUAGAUGGAAGAGUGUCACGAAGUGUAGGUGAUGUUAGACCCUUUAGCCAAGAAAUAAAAUACAGAGCAAAGAGUGCGCCUAGUGCAUUGACAGGUAGAAAGUCAAAAUCAAACUUAGUUCCUUCAGAAUCAUUUUCAGACUUGAAAGAACUCUUUGGUGAAAAAAGAGCUUCAUUAUAUGCAACCACUCCUCUCAGAAAAGUUAUUGACACACAAAAUAUUGAUCUGAAUGAUGAAAAAGUCUCUGGAAGAAAACAACUUCAAAAUCAGGUUGCUGGUUUACAAAGCAGUGAUGAAAGCCUCCCAAACAGAUCAAGAAGUGUUUCACCCGAUCCAAUGAAAUAUUAUCGAGCUUAUCUCAAUAUGGUUAAAGCAGGUGACGUUCGAAAGUUGCGAGAUAAAUUUGAAAGUCUGGAUGACUUGUACACCAUAGCUGAUGAAGAAAACCCUUGUGCACCUUCUCCUCCACCCAAGAGAUAUCAGAGUGACCCUGACCUGACAAGAGAAUUUUUUGAUAGAAAAGGACCUGAAGUAACAAAAACUAUUGUCAAAGGUCAAGAGAUUGGUGAUGUGAAGUGGCUAAAGAAAAGAUAUGAGUAUGAGAACCAACGAGGCCGUUCAAAAACUAGAAAAGUUGUUUCUCCUGUACCACUUAAAUCAGAAAACCGAUUUAUGCCACACAUCAAUGUCAUCAGCAAGUUAGCAGCUCUUCAACAACAGAGGUCACUUACAGCACCAGCAAGACCUGAGCCUUGUAUCUUCCGUACAGGUGAAGUUGACAGGCUGCGUCAACAGUUUGAAGAUCAGCAAAGAGAACUGUCAUUACUUGGACAGAUGUUCACGUCUACACCAGAUGUGCGAGAGUUGCGAGAUAUUGCUCCUUAUCUGGAGUGCAACUGGGUAGCACAUCAACAUCCUAAACCUAGAUCUCUCUCAUCCCCAGAGACUCAGAGAUCUCUUACCUAUUCUCCCAAGCCACGUCCUGCCUCAUCUUCACCGAUACGAAGACAAACUUCUAUUUUGAAACCUCAACAAAAAAAACAACGAGAUGUAUUUAACAACCAACAUUUUGACCCCAGUAUACAUCGACCCCUCUACCGCUACCAGCCACCAUCUCCCUGUGUAGACACCAGCUACCAUUACAGACCUUGGACUAAAGACCCCCACUGGUGGUGGAGGCAUUUGUACCCUUCUGCAAAACCAACCGUUACCUUUAAAGGUGCUUAAUUUAUCAUAUUGCUUAAAUGUUAUUCUAUAGAAAAUACUAUGAGUGUCAAUCUCUCUCUUUAUUUAAAAAAAUUAUGGCGUAUUAAGUUAGUAAAGGCCAUUCGGUAUGUUAUUUAUAAUUAUACUAUUUGGUAAUAUUAAUUUAGUAAUUUCUAAUGAUAAUAUUAAUUUAAAUCUCAUAAAUAUCAUUUGAACUUGGCUUUAUGACAAUAUUUUGUUUGUAAAAUUAUAUAUCAUAC